AAUCGCAACCUCUUGCCAUCCACAACUCAUCGCGCAUUCGCAGCGUAUCCAUAUCAAUUGUGCGCAUCGCAACAUCGUGUAUCAUCAUUAACUUGACCGCUGCCGACGACUAGCUGCGACCUUUGCGCACUCCUCUGCCUUCUGGGGCUCGUUGCGCUCGUCGGCCUAGUCGCGUCACCAUUCCAAAACAAACGCGGCUACCCACCUCUCCUAGCACCAACUACGCGCCUCCAUACCCUCCUACCUUCGAGCCAAACAUCGUUCCACGUCUUUCUCCACGGUCGCAACACUAAUUGGUAGCAAUAAUGUUUUACUCAGAGGAUUUGCUUUCCAGGACUGGCCCUCUGGCCAAAGUCUGGCUUGCCUCAAAUAUCGAGCGCAAGUUGACCAAAAGCAAUGUCCUGCAAAUGGACAUUGGCAAGGACGUCAAUUUCAUUCUGCAGACCGAUACAAAUCCAAUGGCUUUACGCUUGACAGGUCAACUACUUCUCGGUGUAGUCAGAAUCUACAGCCGAAAAGCGCGUUAUCUAUACGACGACUGCAAUGAAGCCAUAGUGAAGAUCAACAUGGCGUUCAAACCCGGCAACGUGGACCUUGCGCUGAAUCAAUCAGCAACCGCCAACGCGGCUGCUCUAACACUCGAAGACAAGAUCACCAUAAAUGACCUUUUUGCACCAAUACCUGAUCCUGACAUGUUGUUGUCGACUCAGCCAACCCUCGAUUUUGGUGUAGACAAUACUAUUAUGACGUUCGACGAUAGCCAGCUGCCUCCUGGUACCAUCGAACGAGCGCGCCGCGACGGAGGCAUGCUACUUGAUGAUGACGAUGACGACCUUGGGAUCGAUAUGACUGACGGGGAUAUGAGCAUCGAGAAAGGGCGAGACGCGCCCCCUGUCAGGUCUGCUGAAGAAGAAUUUGGUGGAGCCUCGAAGCUCCUAGAUGAUGCGGAUGAUCUUAACAUCAACUUUGACGAUCCAUUUGAGCAGCAAGAUCCUGUACCUGACGUAUCCGCGAAUCUCGGUGAUAUCGACAUGCCGGAUGUUUUUGAUGCUGGUCAACUCAACGACGAAGGGACAGGCCGAGCGCGAGAAAGCCUCUCUCCUUUAUCAUCAAUCAACUCGGAGGUCGAGCGAGAAUUGGAAGAGCACGCACAAGAAGAUCAUCAAAAUCAAACAACAACCUUCGAGCCUUCUGCAGAGGAGGAGGAAGAAGAGGAGGAAGAGACGAUUAUAGUACCACAGCAAGCGAAGAAGCGGAAACUCCUACAUCCAGAUACCGACACAGAGCUUCGUGCUAGCUAUAUCAAAGCCAUGCAAGAUGAUCGGUCUAAGAUCCUCAAAGCCCCACAAUAUCUCCCCCGCGAUCCUUUACUCCUGGCAUUGAUGAACAUGCAAAAGAACGGCCAAUUCGUUUCGAGCAUUCUUGGCGAAGGUCGUAGUCUUGGCUGGGCUCCUGAACUCAGGGGAAUUCUCUCUUUGGAAGUCGUCCGCAGGUCAGGCGAUCUGAAGCGGAAGAGAGACAGCGGCAUCGCGGAUGUUGACCCAGAAGAAGCAGAAGAAGUACCCCAGAUCGAACUAGAAGAAGAGGAAGAUGAUCUAGAAGCGCCGCCCCGACCUCUUGAUAUCGGAGACGAGAGCGUUCUUGCGCGGGACCCGUCUAUUCAUGAGAUACCUGCGCAAGAUGAUCUUGCUAUCCCAGAGACCGAGGAGUACACCGCUCUCCCUGACAAUUUCGACGAAACGGCAAUGCCAUUGAUCCAUCCGGCAGAUAGCGGACCCGUUUCUCUAGCCACUAAGCACGCAGUACAUAUGCUCCGUGAACAAUUUGGAGAAGAGGCACAAACGAGUGCAUCAGCGCGGCAAAAGAACAGCGUACUAUUUCAGAACAUGGUUCCCGAGAAGACCACCACGAGGGCAGACGCAACAAAGAUGUUUUUCGAGUGUCUGGUUCUUGCGACCAAAGACGCAGUCAAGAUUGAACAAAAGUCCAACAAUCUUGGGGGCCCUCUCCGCAUACGAGCCAAACGAGGCCUCUGGGGUGCAUGGGCAGAAACUCAGGCUGGAGGAGAGAUCGCGACACAGCAAGAGGCACAGGCUGUCUCUAUGGAGUCAUGAACGCUAUCUUUGAAGGAGUCUGGAGUUCUUAUGAUUGAGUGGCAUUUCACCGGCUUGAAUAGCAACAUCUGGAGAAUGCUACAUGAUACCACGCGCCUUAUUCUUGGUGGCGCAAUUGUGGACAAGCGAAUCUGUUACCGUCGAUACUUCUCUAGGGUAGUGCACAAAUUCUGAUAGGCGAUAGUCAGGAUAUUGGCAUUAUUAUGUGUAGGCCCUGCAGGGUGUUUUGGAAAUAUGAAGAAUUGGCCCCGGGGACGAUAGUAUUUUGGCGUCGAGUGUACCUUAUGAAUAUUAGUCCAUGUGCCAAAGCACAUAUGCUACCUUGUCUAUGAUAGUGGCAUGAAAGCGAGAGACCAACGGCCACGAAACCCCAUAUUCGCAGACCUGUAAACGGUUGUAAUAUAUCAC